AUGGAUCGCUUUCAAUACUUCAACCACUGGACCGAGGAACAGCGACGGGACUGCUUCGGUCGAGCCAAAGUUCGAAACUUUAAGCCCGAGGAGACCAUCUUCGCUGAGGGACGCUCCCCUAUAAACUACGUUCAUUUCGUGCUUAGCGGACGAUGCAUGGUGCUACAGUGCCUCAAGCUGAUCAAAACCGUGACCAAAUAUGGAAACUGCCGUUACCAUCUUGCCGAUGCACAGCCCAUAGAAGAUGAAAUCACGCAAUUUUAUCGCAGACAAAACUCACGAAUGGCUCAACUACAACAAUCUACACUGCAAACUGCCGAUAACCUUCGCCUUCCGGUGGACGCACAGCCAUCUAAACAAUCAUUACAAAGCCCAAUCAACUACGAGUGCCAUUUCAUAGACAUAGGAAGCUACGCGUGUGGUUCGGUAUUCGGCGUGGGCGAGCACAUGGACGACCGCUCGGUGGUGGCCCGGAACCAAGUCCAGUGUCUACUGCUACCGCGCUAUUGGCUGCUGCAGAAGCGUCAGAAUGUCAACAACGUGUGGAGUCGCAUACGAAUUUUCAUCGAGCAACGGCAAAUGUCGCGGCCGCAGCUGUUCGAUUGGUACCUAAAGGAGCUGCGCUGGCGACGGUAUCGAACUCAACUCAGGCAGGAUGUGGUUUCACAGCACUUGGCGACCCAUCCGACGGCCCUCUGCGACGUGCCGACUAUGUGCAGAAUCGAGGAAAGCGAUGUAUAUGCUUGA